AUGGACUCCAUCUUCCAAGUCCAGGGCAGCCCAAAGUCGCGCCUUGCGCCCCUCUUCCUGAUCCACGCCAUCUCCGGCCUGGCUAUGCCAUACAACUCACUCGGCUCCCUCGACAGUCGCGGACGGACCGUCUACGGAAUCAGCUCUCCCCUCUAUGGACCACGACGGUACCGUCUGCCAUCCUCCAUCGAUGAUGUUGCCCGCCAGUACAUUCGUUUCGUGCGCAGCAAGCAGGCCACCGGCCCGUACGUGCUCGGUGGGUGGUCGUUUGGCGGCCUCGUCGCGCUGAAAAUGGCCGAGCUGCUGACCGCGCAGGGGGAGACCAUUUUGCAGGUCAUUAUGAUUGAUACGCCGAAUCCCAUCUCCCGUCCGCCUUGGGGUAGUGAGGGCCAAGAAGGGCUGGCAGCGCUCACGUACAAUACCAUUGCACAGCAAGCGGGUCAGCCAAUCCUGAACGCCCGGCAGCCUACGCCCCCGGGGAAGGGGGAGGGUGAAGGCGCAGAUGCGGACGACGAGUCGGCUGUCUUGUGGCAGAACAUGUAUAAGCAUAUCUACAAUGUACUGGCGCUCGUGGAACGGGCCGCAGACGGCGAGUUUGUUCCCGCCUUGAAAGAGGUCAAGGUUUCGUUUGUCAAGUGCUCGGUUUUGGAAGUGCCUCCCUCAGGCUUGAUCACGGAGCCCAUGUGUUUGAACCUGCUCAUGUGGACAAUUUGA